AUGCAGCUCCAGUGUGACCCAUGUCUUCCUCUGCCCACAGCCGCCCUGGGCACACUGGACUUCAGCCUGCUGUACGACCAGGAGAAUAACGCCCUGCACUGCACCAUCAGCAAGGCCAAGGGCCUGAAGCCGAUGGACCACAAUGGGUUGGCAGACCCCUAUGUCAAGCUGCACCUGCUGCCAGGAGCCAGUAAGGCAAAUAAGCUCAGAACAAAAACCCUGCGGAACACUCUGAACCCCACGUGGAAUGAGACCCUCACUUACUAUGGAAUCACAGAUGAAGACAUGAUCCGCAAGACACUGCGGAUCUCUGUGUGCGAUGAGGACAAGUUCCGCCAUAAUGAGUUCAUCGGGGAGACACGGGUGCCCCUGAAGAGGCUGAAGCCCAACCACACGAAGACGUUCAGUAUCUGCCUGGAGAAGCAGCUGCCGGUGGACAAGACAGAAGACAAGUCCCUGGAGGAGCGAGGCCGUAUCCUCAUCUCUCUCAAGUACAGCUCGCAGAAGCAAGGCCUGCUGGUGGGCAUCGUGCGCUGUGCACACUUGGCCGCCAUGGACGCCAAUGGCUACUCAGACCCCUACGUGAAAACAUACCUGAAGCCAGAUGUGGACAAGAAAUCCAAGCAUAAGACAGCAGUGAAGAAGAAAACCCUGAACCCAGAGUUCAACGAGGAGUUCUGCUAUGAGAUCAAGCAUGGUGAUCUGGCCAAGAAGACCCUGGAGGUCACAGUUUGGGAUUAUGACAUUGGAAAGUCCAAUGAUUUCAUCGGCGGUGUGGUCCUGGGCAUCAAUGCCAAGGGCGAACGCCUGAAGCACUGGUUCGACUGCCUGAAGAACAAGGACAAGAGGAUCGAGCGCUGGCACACACUCACCAACGAACUCCCCGGGGCAGUGCUCAGUGACUGACUGCCCACCCUGCCACCCGGCCGCACAGGCCAGGCCCUGGGCUUCCUCAGCUGCCACCAAGGGCUGUGGCCCCAACACUGGGCAACCUUCAGAAUACCUGCUCGGACACAGAGCCACUGCAGCUCCACGGCUUGGAGAACCCAGUGCCCAGCCACUCAGAAAGGGAGGGGGACAGGGACGCCAGAGCCCGGGGGGUCCAGGAUGGCCAGUGGCAGGAAGAGGCCUCAGCACUGCCUGGGACUGGCUGAGCUCCAUGCUCUGGUGGAGCCAAAGAGAGCAGAGCGGGGAGGGUGGGGAGGCACAAGACGGGACGCUAAAGGCGAAGGCAAAAGCGGCGUUCCGCCACAUCCAUUCCCCUUGUGCUGCGGGCAGGUGGAGAGCCAGUGAGCCAAGUAUAGCGCAGCUCCGAAGGCUCCAGCGGACAGGAGUCUGCGAGUCCCAGGGAGGAGAAGUGAGCCGUCCAUCUCAGCAGGGAGCCGAAUGCUGGCCUCUACAACAGGGGGGCGAAGACCACCAGAACAGCUGGCCCCUGCAAGUGGUGUUACUGUGGCUUGCAGGAAAGUAGGGAAGGCUUCCUGGAGGAGGCCGUGCUUAGCUAGGCCUUGAAGGACGAUCAAAGUUCUAGGCAAAGAAGACGACAGUCCAGGCAGUGGGAGCAGGGCCUAGAGGUUUGGAAGGGAGGAAAAGAAUGGGAGUAGGAAGGUGUGUAGUCUUGGAGUCACUGUAGAGAGCGGCAUUCCUGGGGAGGGGGAGGAAUGCAAAGUUCCAUGCUCAGACUCUUGCUUUCCCGUUCUGGUCCCUUUGUCCUCCUGAGGAGACCUUGCUAAGUUGUCCUCAGCUACAAGAAGAGGUUUCUUUCGACCGAAGAAAACAUUCCUCCAUGCCCCUUUCCCAUCCCUCUGGGCUCAAGCUGGUGUCAGGCCCCUUCAUGGCUACCCUGGACAUUCUGUUCUAAGGUGGCCACGAUGCCCUUUUCAGGAGUAUCAAGUGGCAGUCCAGGAGGAUCUUGUUUCCAGAAGGCCUGUAGAGCUGCCUAGGAACUAGGAAAAAAGAGACCCUACCACGCCAGUCAGUCUCUCCAGGAAGAGUUUGAGAGGAUCUCAAUUGUAGGAUCCAAAGCCCCAACCUUCAGGAACAUUGAUUGGAUAAACAAAUGCAGAACCAAGGAGUUUCAAUCCAUUCUUGUCUGACUGAGCCCAGACGUCCUGAGGAGGGCAACCCAAGGCCCUAGCAUAGCUGGUACCAGGAUCCAAGGCCUCUGGGAUGACAGCUUGAAUCCCAAAUCAUUCUCAUCCCUUUUCUAGUUGGCAGGGAAAACAUCUCCAGUCCCCCCCUCCCCUGGCACUCUUGCUGUGCGUGGAGAUGGGUUUCCCAUCCUGAGGAAAGUUUUGCCCUGUGUUUGGGGGGGCAGCAGACACUGUCUUCACAACUCUUGGGUAGGUGGGAGAAAGUGUGAUAGUUGGCCAAAGCCACACAGCUGGGAGAGGCAAACCAGGUCUCAAACCCUUUGGUGAGGACUUUGCAGGUCCUUACCUCCUGGGGUACUGGGUACUGAGUGUGGUCUGUUAAAUUCUGGAGAUAUGGGGUCUUGUCUCCUAAUUGGCUCUGAUACCAUCCUGCCACUUCAGGUUUGUUCUGUGGUCAAGGAGCUUGAGGCAAAGGCCCUCUUCUAUGCUCAUAGCCAGAAUGGGGACUGUGUGGUGGCCUAUAUUUAAGGGACCCUGUGUAUGGGUGAGUGCUGGAUACAUCCUCCGCUUCAUGUUCUGGGCAGCCAAUCCAGACAAGGAAGUGCAAAAUGGCCCCACUAGAAGGGUGUGAACCCUAUCUAGGAUGACUUUCUUAUAAGACACUUGGGGCACAUGGGGUCCAGCUGAGCCAAGAAAGCAGGAUUCCCAGUACCCAAUUCAGGGCUUUCUACUACCCCAGGCUGUACAGGAGUGGACUUGGCCAUGAAAAUGAUCCCUGUUGGCCAUAAGACAGAAUGGGCGCUGUCUUCUGACUACCUUGCUCAGGUGUAAAAUGGGGAGCUCAGCAGGAGCCACUAGGAAUGGCAAAAUCUUCCCUUGGGUCCUGAGACUAUUCUAGGCCUUGUGCACAUUGCAUUUAAGAAGAGUGCUUUGAGAAGCUGCAGAAUCGGCUCUGCUUUUGAAGGGCAUCUUUCCUUGGGCCCAUUACUCACACAACGCUUUUUUUCCCCCCUAAAAACAAAAGUCCAGAAUUAUUCCAAAGUCAGGUGUCAGUAACUAGGUCUCUGCCCCGCCCACCGCUACCACUAGCCCAUCCGGGAUGGGCCUGUCUUCCAACCCUGAGGCAGUAACCACCUGACCUCUAGUGGCGAGAGGGAGGAACUGCACCUCCCCGGCCCGCCGAGCUCGGGCCGUGCAUGUCCUGCCCUUUGUUCCGUCUCAAACCAAGUGAACCUCCCAAUGCAUGGACUCUGGCUGUCGUCGACGCAGACUCUCGUGCACUGCUUAACUGUUUUGCUACCAUGUGACGGCUGCAGAAAGUGUCCUCAAACUGCAGCCUCACCCAAAAUUUUUGUACUUUUCGUCUGGCCUUCCCAAAGGUGUCCUUUUUAAGUCUUAUUAAUAUUUAU